UGCCUUGUCCAACACCUGCCCUCUACGUGUGCUCCUUCUUUACACCACCUCGUUUCGCACCUUAUGGAUCUUGCCAACACGCGCCUCUCACACUCACAAGGAACCGAACCACGCGCGCACGAAGGCACGCGACCGCCGCGCGGGGAGAAAUGGCGAAGAGCGGCGCAGGGUGGCGUCGCAACGCGGACACGCACAAGAUGAACGCCGAGGAAGUGCGGGCCGCAGGGGUGGAGGCAUCCAUGCGCCCGCCGGGGCGAGGUCCCGGGGAGGUGCUGCACCAGCGCGGCCGGUUGCCGUAUGGGCCUGGCACCAUGGCGCUCGUCGGGUUCGGCAUCGUCGGCGUCAUCGGCUACCUCGUGCUGUACCAGAAGGCAAGGCCCGGCACGCCGGCGACCGAGGUGGCCAAGGUGGCCGUCGGGCACGGGGAUCCCGCCGCCGGACGUGUCGCCGAGAAGCACCCGGAUGGCGCGCCGCGCGCGUGAAGGGAAGUAGGCCUGUAUAACAGUAGAAGCAAAGUACUGUAAGAGUCUGUUUCUCAGCUUUUGUCGAGAACCAAGAAAUUUUCUGGUGCAAAUGAAUGACGCUGUUGAUCGAAAUAAAUAAAACUUCUCCAUGGCAACAGGGAGGGAAUUCUCAUCUUGAGUUGUAUCAUUUUCUUCAGCCGCAAGACAUAUAAUGUGCGAUGGCUGUGCAGCACUGCCGCACUCAGAACCCAGGCUGGCAGGCUGCAUCCUCCUUUUAAUUAGAACAAGAUUAUGGUUCAGAAUCCGACGGGUGCCGGUUCGGAUUUUAGUUUUUAUCUAUUUG